UAUCUUCCUAUUUCGCCAUAUUCAUAAUCUCUUCCCUUUCUCUCAAAAAAAUAAUAAUAAAAUAGCUUUACUGUUUUAACGAUAAUCUCUUCUGCCCAAGAAAAUUUAACAACUUAACUGUGAGUGAGCUCAAAGUUUACUGCCUCGUAUAUAUAUACAUACACAGACUUGAGAAAGUUUUUCAUCCAGCAAACCUUUACCCAUCAAAAUAAUAUUAAUUUGUUAUUUAUUUUUUCCUUUUUUGAUUAAAUUAAUAAAUAAUUUUAUCAAGGAUAUGGGGUUUCUUCUUGAUAUAUGCUUUUGAAUGUGUGCCCUUAAGUAACAGCUGUGAAGGCCGUUUCUUGCCUUUUGCUUUAGUAGUCAAUAGGCCCUCAAAACAAAGAGGGUUGUGGCUGUGGCUGUAAGUGUGUGGGAGAGAGAAGCCUUCUGCUUUAGGAAAACCAGCUGUUUUUUUUUUUUUCCUUUUCUUUCUAUCCUGUUUUCUCUUUCUUUAUCUCUCUAUAUCUUUGCUUUCUCUCACAUAAACCGCUUACAUGCGCUUCUUAAAUUUGCAAAGGAUUAAAGUUGGAUGUCUAGGCUUGAGUGUAGCUUUUCCUUUUUCUCCCCUUAGCUUCAGUUAAAGUUAGAGAUUAGAGAGAGGGAUUUCUGGUGUUUUCCAUGGUUAAAGCAGGUUUUAUAGCUAAAUCCUGUUGUGACAGUUUCCUUUUUUCCUCCUCCUUGUUCUAGCUUCUCUCUUCUAUCGAUCCCUUCCGCGAUCUUUUUCUCUUUUUCCUUGCGGUUUAUAUUUUUUGUUUUUCUUUUUCCUGCAGUUUUGGUCCGAUUUCUCAUCUGGGUAUUGCUUAAUUUUUUCGGUCGAGCUUAGCUUUGUUCAUGUGUAAACUACAUAUUUAUAGAUAUCCAUGGUUCUUUGUUUUUGAUUUCUUGUUUUCUUGUUUGAAUCAUCUCUAAGUGUUUGCGGCUUGUUUCUUUGAUACCCAUCUCAAAGCACACUCAAAAAUUCAUAUAUUUUAUGCAUAUUUUGGAUUCUUGUUGUCAAAGGUCUAAUCCAAUAUAUCCGCAUCAUCUAGUGCGUUCUUCCUUAGUUCAUACAUGAUCAGAUCUCCAAUACAUGAUUUCUGGUAUAUAUAGAUAGCCAACAGGGAUAUGAGUGGGAAGCUGCUGUAUAAAGUUGAUAACUUGGUAGAAGAUUUCAAGACUUUGCGAGUAAGAAGCAGAUAGCAUCAGCUGCAGCGAUGAGUAAGAGUAAUUUGAGCUCCAUCAGCAGCUCUGAUCUCAUCGAUGCGAAGCUUGAAGAGCAUCAGCUGUGUGGAUCCAAGCAGUGCCCUGGUUGUGGACACAAGCUUGAAGGAAAGCCGGAUUGGUUAGGUCUACCAGCUGGUGUGAAAUUUGAUCCAACAGACCAAGAACUGAUAGAACACCUUGAAGCGAAAGUUGAAGCCAAAGACAUGAAGUCUCAUCCUUUGAUAGAUGAGUUCAUCCCCACUAUUGAAGGAGAAGAUGGGAUUUGUUAUACUCAUCCUGAGAAACUCCCAGGAGUUACAAGAGAUGGCUUGAGCAGGCAUUUCUUCCAUAGACCUUCCAAGGCUUACACAACUGGAACAAGAAAGAGAAGAAAAAUUCAAACCGAAUGCGACUUGCAAGGCGGAGAGACAAGAUGGCAUAAAACAGGCAAGACAAGGCCAGUCAUGGUGAAUGGCAAACAAAAAGGAUGCAAGAAAAUCUUAGUCCUCUAUACAAAUUUUGGUAAAAAUCGAAAGCCUGAAAAAACUAAUUGGGUCAUGCACCAAUACCACCUUGGUCAGAAUGAGGAAGAAAAAGAAGGAGAACUUGUGGUUUCAAAGAUCUUUUAUCAAACACAACCAAGGCAAUGCAAUUGGACUGAUAGGAGUGCAACUACUGGUGAAGGGAGCAGUGAUCCCAAUGGCAGGAGAGACAGUGGCAGUGGGAGCUGCUCUUCUAAAGAAAUAAUUCCACACAGAGAUGAAAUAACUGGAGCUGGAGUUGCUGCUGCACUAUCAACUUACAGUGCCAUGGAUAUCCAACAACUAAAAUCGGAUCAUUUUGGGUUUCCUCCCUUCAGGAAAAGCUUUGAUGAGGUGGCGAUCGGAGAAGCUUCAACGGCAAGGGAGACCCCAGUAUCUGGCACAUGUGAUGAGAUUCGGGAGCACCAUCAGAGGCCACAUCAUAUGGCCCAUGAUCAUCAUCAACAACAGCCGCAACACCACCAUAUACACCAUCAGAUUGCUACCACAGCCUUCCACAUCACCAGGCCUUCACAUCCCAUCUCCGCCAUCAUCUCUCCACCACCUCUCCAUCACACAUCCAUCAUUCUUGAAGAGGACCCCUACCAUGUCUCAAGAUUAAUGCUUCAAAACGAAAUCCAGCAGCAGCAGCAGCAGCAACACCACCACCAACAACAGCAACAGCAGCAGCAUCAUAAACUGGGAGGAAGGUCUGCAACUGGUCUAGAAGAACUCAUUAUGAGUUGUACCUCCACUGAUAUUAAAGAAGAGUCAUCCAUUGCAAACCCACAAGAGGCUGAAUGGUUGAAGUAUUCUUCCUUCUGGCCAGACCCUGACAACCAGGAUCAUCAUGGAUAGGAGCAAAAAUAAUAGAGAAUAAACAAAAACCCUACAGACAACAUCAUUAGCAUCAUCAUUAGUACUUGUGGCCUCCCAUGUUCUUUUCAAGAUGAGGCCAAGGAACCAUCUAUAUGGUUUUCUCUUUUUCCUUCUUUUUUCACUUGCGGGGGGGGACCUGCGGCUAAGGUUCUAAACAUCUAAUGGUCUCAACUGAACUAACUGUACAACAGUCCAAGUUGGAAAGAAAGAAGAAAGAACAAAAGGAAAAAGAAAGAAAAACAAAGAAAAAGAGAAGAAACCAAGAAAGGCUGCUCUCUACUGACAAAUAGAAGGAGAAACAAAGACCAGAGGAAAAUCUUCGUGCAUGAAAAUCAUCACCAUUAUCAUUACCAUAUCAUCUUUAAGCUUAUAUUAUUAUUAUUAUUUUAUUAUUUUAAGACAUCUGUAUAAGUUCUUUUAUUGUCCUUUGAUAAGAAAAAUACCAAAUAGUUUGUGCAAAUUGCAGGAGAAAAACUUUCUUGAUUUGUUGUGCUUAGUCAGUUUUUAGUCAAAUACGAAUAGGGAUUUAUAUGAUUUCUCUUUCUGAUAAUGAAAAAAAUAGAAUUGUUUAUGCCA